UUACAUCCACACGCGUCUUGAGAUCUGAUCUCGAGGUGGUGAUCCGCAAUUGCGAGCAAUAGAAGGAUCUGCAGGGAAUCAGACAAUGUCGCUGGCCUCUCGCGGGGCGGCAGUCGACGACGACGAAGACUACGGUCUCAACGACGACUUUGACGACGACGACCUCGAAGCAAUCACCCUCGUCGAGCAGCAGAUUUUGCUGUCGCAGAUCGACGCUCAGAAAUACAACAGUCAGCAGAAAUACACCAGUCAGUCACAAGCACAGACUGCGUCGCGCUCACGGACGCUCUCGGAGGUGGUUGUGGAGAGAGACGCAGUGCCGCGGGCGCUGGACGAGUUUGAAGUCGAAGGCUAUGAGCAGGGCGCGGGUGGGGAGCAGAGUGCUUCUGCAUCAUUGCGGAGGAUGAUGUCGAGGUCUGAUUCGAGAGUGCAAGAAACUACACAGGCAGAAGAGACGAUGCACGCCCUCCGAACGCAAAUCGCUCAACAGCAGAAAGCUCUUGUCGAGGUCACGGCAGCACUGCAGACUGCAAAAGGAGAAAUCUUCAUCCUUCGCGAUCAGCAGCAGCGAGCAACUGCAGAACACGGAAAGUACGUGUUUGAUCGCAACCAGAUGCUCAAAGAGACGACCGAAAGCUUCCAGGCUAAGGAAGAGGAAUUCUCCCGUGCGAUCGAGAGCUUGAAUAACGAGAAGCUGUUUAUGCAGCAGGAUUUGACAGAGAUGCGAACAAAGAUCAGGACGAUGGAGAAAGCUCAGCAACGUCGGGAUCCGUCGUCGGCGUCGACUGCGGCGGUCCAAGACGGGCGAUUGACGCCGAGCCCGAAGAAGAAACGCGAUCAGUUUAGGGAGGGAUUUGAUGUUCAGGUAUCGCCUUUGAAGAACAAAAAACGGAAAGUUCAAGACCAGCGAGAAGAGAGUCUGUACGAUGGUAGCAGUGAUGUCGUGAUGAAAGAGGUUACGGUUGUCAAGGAGGUUUUCAUUGAAGAUAAAUUUCAGUUCACGAGCGGUUUAUUCAAUCUGGACGUCGAUGGAAGCAAGGCUAUGGAUCUAUUAGGACAAUUUUCGCUGCAAGCAAACGGAAACACAGACUUUAGAAGCCACAUUGCUAUAAUCACUGCAGCUAUAAACCAACCUCAGCCAUCACUGCUGUCUCUUAUUGAGAAUCUUAUUCAGUGCCUGGUAGAGGCUAUGAUGACAUGUGCCAAAAGACCAGAAAGUAUUCCGUCGCUGAGAGUGUUGAUCUCGAUACUGGAAUACACUGCGACAUACAAUAUUCGAGGCCUGCGAAUUGGAACGCUGCAGAGGAUUGCGGUAUCCUCACAGGAACUCUACUUGCUCCUAGAACCAAAAAAUAGUCUCGAUCCAGCCAGGGAAGCGGAGUGCCGCCGUACGCAACUCCUUCUGCUACGGCUGCUGGACACUACAAGUAUCAAGAUUGACAGCAGAGAAGAGAUAGUUUUCGACCAGAUGAUUGCUGGGAUGUGGAUGUCAGUCUCGCAUGAGAUUGUCGUUAGAAUACUCACAGACCAGUAUUUUAACGGCCAGGAUAUACUGCUGAGCUGUCUUCGGCAUUCGGUGAUUCCUUCUUCGUUUGGGCCUUUGGUCGAGGACGUCGAGAGGCAGAAUGAGCAAGAACUAGAGCUCUGCAAGGUAAUCUCGUUAAUCCUGGUCGAGCCGCCGCAGCCUUAUCCCAGUCCUGCAUCUGCCGACGAGGACCCGGACGAACGAGCGAUCGAGAACGAGUCGGCGCGCGAGAGACUGAUUGAGCAAGUGGUAACGACUCUGGAGGCAAUCUCGGCUACCGAGCACGGGCGGACAAUCAUGCUGCAGAGUAAGGCCGUGCUGGCGCGACUUAUCUGCUGCUGCUCUGCGGUGUUGGAUCAGAUGUACAGAAGCGAGACGCUUGAUCGAGUGAGGUCAAGAAGCAAUCUGGCGUCGUCGAUGAUCAAAUUGACGUACAGGAUAGUAUUCGGCACCGACCUCCAAGACCCCGACGAAUCCACAGUCGACGUGCGCGAACUAAGCACGUCAUCGUCUGUCUUUUCCAAAGUAUUUGGCGAAUUCGGCGUGCGACAAGAACUAGUCGUUUGUCUCUCGCGAGUCGCGUUUGCGGACGAAGGAGUGGUUUUUCAUAAUAAUUUCGACGAGAUUACGGUUGCUUGUGCCGAGAGGUUGCUAGAGAUCGGGAGAGAUGUGGAGGAGAUGAAUGUUUUGUAUUUGUCUGUUCGAGGAGGUGAGAGUAGAGAGGAGAGUUGACUGCAAGUACAUGUAAAUAAACAAAAACAGCAAUAAAACUGAUAAGUAAAUAGUCG